AUGUCAAAAUAUUUGCGACAAUAUUGGCCUGGCGAGCCUACGAAAACUGAGAAGGAUUUGCCUGAUUUGCAGGGACGAGUAUUUAUCGUCACGGGCGGCGCUGGAGGCAUCGGUUUGGCUGUAGCAACAGCUCUUUUCCACGCCAAUGCGACGCGCGUCUAUAUCCUUGGCCGAUCUGAAGCUGCUGGCAAGACGGCUAUCAACACCAUCGAGAAGUCCGAUCCGCCUGGCGAUAUGAAGCGGCGCAGCGCCGGCGGUGACAAUGACGUACUCCGAUUUCUGGAUCUCGACCUCUCCGACCUGCAAGGUAUCAAGCAAACAGCCGAGGCGUUCUUGGAGUUAGAAAGUCGUCUGGAUGUCGUCUGGCAUAAUGCUGGCGUCAUGGCUCCUCCCGAAGGCAGCAUCAGCAAGCAAGGACACGAGCUGAGCUUCGCCACCAACGUGUUGGGCCCUUUCUUGCUCCAGCAUUUCCUAACGCCAAUUCUCCUCAAGACCGCGGAAAGAGAUGCCUCUCCUAAGGGACCUGUCCGCACGUGUUGGGCAGCUUCUGUGGAAUUUCCCGACCCUCCAGGAGAGGAUGGUGUCCUCUGGGAUGACUGGGGAUUGACUGCAACUAAAUUCUCUGGUCUCGGAGGGCGUACGCUGCGAUAUGUACAGAGCAAAUGGGCAAACACGAUUCUCGCAGCCGAGAUGGCCAAAAGACACCCUUCAAUCGUGAGCGUGUCCUUCAAUCCCGGAGCGCUCAAGACGGACCUCACUCGCCACGCUCCCAGCAUCUUGAAGAGCAUACAGGGCAUGCUAUCGUAUCCAGCUCGAUUUGGAGCCUUGACCGAGCUGCAAGCAGGAUUUGAUGCCGAAGUAGUUGAGCAUAAUGGUUGCUAUCUCAUCCCGUGGGGGAAGAUUGGUACCCCACUCCCAAAGGUCGCCGAGGGCAUUGAGAAGAGGGGGAGCGGAGAAAGGCUGUGGAAUCUUUGUGAUGGUCUGGUGAAAGAUUUCUACUGA